AUGUCACGACCCGAGCCUGUGACUGGGCCAACCCCUAAUCCCGGCCAUGCUUCGAGGCCCCUGCCACCAAAAUCACGAUCAAUCUCACCAUCAAACAUAUCACUUUUUGUUUCUAAUCUUCGACUUCUGAAUCUUGACCAACGACAAGACUGGCCUGACAUCACUGUUCAGACUUUCGAUACCAAGGAUGCCCUUCAAAACCAGAAGAAGCGUGUAGCUUGUGUCGAAUGGUCUCUCUACCGGCUCUUUGAGCUCUGGGAUCGCGAGACUACACGUGAGAAACUUCAACCCUUCUUUCCGCCUCUUGAGCCAAUUCAAUCUCUCAAUCUGCGCGCCGCUCUGUUCAGAUGCCUCAAUGACUUGAAAAAGAACGAUGUCUUGGGUAGAGAAGCCACGCUUCGUAAGACCAUGCUUGAUGACUGCAAGGGUGACAAGUUCGAAGAAUUAUUGCUCCUGUUCUCAACUAUCGUCCUACGUAAGCAGUUGCUGUCGACUCGCCGUAAUCAGCCAUCAUCUAUUGGAAGGAACCUCGCACUGUCAAAGAACCUCGACAAGCGGGAACUAAGUAUUGUCAACACUCUCUCGCUGGCUUACCGUGCAUCUCUGGCGAAAACUCUACAAAGCCGAGCAACUUUGGAUCUUACUCUCAACAACUUUCGCACUUCGCUGUACGAGAAGAUCAAUGACUACCACCAACGCCAUCUCGUACUGCUCGAAACUCAGGAUGCAAGUAGCGAGACUCUACCGCCCAAGACUGAGGAAUUGAUCAGACGCGAACUUCGCCAGAAUUGGGUUGGUAGCAUAGAGGGCUGCGAUGCAUUGCUGGCGGGCGCUAAGGUCGCCUCUGCUGAUGCAUACAUGGACUCGGGAUUUGACGAAUUAUGGCAGCACUUCCAGCAAGGUACAACCCCUCAAGUGCCUCCGGAAAGAAUAUCGCUGCUCGAGACUUUGCAGUCUAGGGUUGUUGAGCAAAACGAUCGCUUGCGCAUGUGGAAGGCAUACAAAGACGUCUUUGAAGAGAGUAACAAGCCGACAAACCUUUCUAAAGUAUCUUCCCUCCCACUUGACCAGAAUGUUACAGCAGAGGCUCAUGGCUUGGACAUCUUCGAUCAACACAGAAACAUUCGCGUGGAACAAACGUCUCCUGUUGAUACGGAUCCCCCUUCACUCGACCCCGUGGUGGACUAUGGACAAGUCGUGCAGGACAUGAAGCAGGGUUUGUCCGAAGUUCGCAAAAGAAAGCAGAAGCAACGGGACAGACCAAAUCAUGCAGCGCCACCGGUCCAUGGCAUACGUACAAAUACCAUGCCAAGACAGGCGCUUAUACCAGUGUUUCUCGAAGGCUCGAAGGAUCCUAAGAAUGAUCUGUUCUCGCCACUCAAGCGACCACUUCUCGAGUCUGCAAAUUCGACCCCGGUCACUGUCCGCGAUGUACCACACCAGACACACCAGUGGCUAUCACGAGCUCAUACUCAACCUGUGACCACGCCUCAACCUGUGAGAAGCGAAUAUGAUUCAAAUCUCAGCUCAAAGAUUAAAAGUCCAUAUGGCUAUGUUCCAAGUCCUUCAGAAAUUGCAGAACCUAGUCCCAGUGUACAAAAUGACAGAGAACGAUAUGUCAAAGCAUUCACGCCAAGUCCUACAUAUGGCUUUGAGGUCAGUCCGAAGGAUGAAGCUGCAUCCCCGAACAAAAGACAUCUCGAUUCUGUAGGAUCUGGACACCAAGACUCGAUUGAUGAUUCAAUUACUUCACUUGGCCACAAAGUCGAGGAGAUGGGAUUAGAAGACCAAGAACGAUCAAUCGGAUCUCCCGACCUGCCAGAUUACUCACCACCACCAACCUCGAGUCCACCAGCACUAUUGCACCAGCAACAAAGUCCACAAGAACAGCUAAAUCUCUCGGGGCGCGCUCGCAUGUCUAUGGCGUCUUUCCGCAGCAGUGAGAACAGCUCCCCUUUACCUCAACCAACACCAUCACCAAUCAAGAACACCGAGCCUUCGCUGACCGAAUCCCGGCGUACCUCCCUCGCCGAACGCGCCCUACUAUCCAUGACCCAAGCCUCUCUAAACCCGCAGCCACAACGCCACACAACCACCAAAGAACGACCGAAAUCGUCUUUCUUCCCUGCCACAACAGCAGCAGCAGCAGCACAAUUCUCCACACCCAUGAAAAGUAGCAGAAAUUCUCUUGGUGGUACGCGUGACACCACACCUAGAGACAAAUUGUUCGAGCAGGAUGCAGAAUACGCUAGUGUCUUCAAGUCUCGGCCGAAAAUUGCCAUGAGUCCUGUGCUAUCGCCGCAAUUGGAUCAGCAGAUGGAGGAUGCUGAGGAUUUUAGUUUUGAAGGGGACGGAGAUGGAGAGGAGGGUAUGAUGAAGUUGCAUAGUUCACCACUAGCUAAGUUCAUGUGA